GCGGCCGCCGGUGUCCAGGGCGGGUGCGGCGCCGGAUGGAGCGGCCGGGGGAGCGCCGCCGGGGCCGCAGAGGCACCCGGCAGUAGGUGUGAGCUGAUCUUGCCUGGCUCCUGCAGUAGCCUGGCUCUCUGGUGUCUGAUGAUGAGUGUGACCCCGACCAGGGGAUGCCUCCUGGACCUGCCCUGGGAAGACAUCUUGGUUCCACAUAUCCUCUGUCAUCUGCCACUGCAGCAACUCCUGAGCCUGCAGAGGGUCAGCAAGUCGUUCCAGUCUCUCAUCCAGUUGUACCUGGCCAACAUGCGCUGCUUUGACUCAAGCCAGAUUGCACCUGCCAUCCCUCGAGCCGCUUUUGUUAACCUGUUGAAGGACAACGAAGUUCUGCAGCAGCUGGCACUCCAGAACUGCUCCGACUGGCUGACGGACCAGGAGCUGCUCCCGGUCAUCGGGCAGAACCGCCACCUGCACCAGAUCCAGCUGAAGGGCUGCGCCCAGCUCAGCCGCCACGCGCUGGUGGCCAUCUCGCUGAGCUGCCCCAACCUGCGCCAGCUCUCCCUGGCUCACUGUGAGUGGGUGGACAGCCUGUCCCUGCGCAGCCUGGCUGACCACUGCAAGGCGCUGGAGGCUGUGGACCUGACGGCCUGUCGCCAGCUGAAGGACGAGGCCAUCUGCUACCUGGUGCAGAAGUGCAACAGGCUCAAGUCUCUGUCACUGGCUGUCAAUGCCAACGUGGGCGACGUGGCAGUUGAGGAGACUGCCAAGUGCUGCCCAGAGCUGGAGCACUUGGACCUCACGGGGUGUUUACGAGUCAAGAAUGACUCCAUCAGGGUCCUGGCUGAGUACUGUCCCAAGUUGCGCUCGCUGAAGGUCAAGCAUUGCCACAACGUGGCUGAGUCCAGCUUGAGCAUCCUCCGAAGCCGUGGGGUGGAGCUGGAUGUGGAGCCUCCGCUGCAGAGGGCUCUCGUUCUGCUGCAGGAUGUGGUUGGCUUCGCCCCCUUCAUCAACCUUCAGAUCUAGAACUGCUGCUGCUGGGGAGGGGGGGACUGACACAAUGCUGGGAUCCCAGAAGGAUGCCGGAACUGGCUGCUGUAGAGACGUGCAGAGGGAGAGGUCAGUCCCAUUGGUGAGGCUGGCCUGAGCGGGGCUCACUCUUUCCUCUGGGGCUGUGUAGCAGCCACUGAGUGUUCAUAAGUGGACUUCAUUGGUGCCUCUGGGGCAAGUAACUCCCUCUGCAGUGGUGUGAAAAGAGCGAGUGAUUUGCAGGAACACCAUGGUGCUGAACAGGUGCUUGGUCAGGCCAGCUAAUAGAUAGGUCUUAUUAUUUGCUGUAUUUUAAA